AUGUCCUCCCUCGCAGCCUACCUAGCGAAAAACUACCUCAGUGCCUCCCCCGCCAAUGCCUCCGACCCGCUGUCGGAGCGGCCGAAGAAGCGGCGCCGGAAAGACAACAACAACAAAGAACCCGCCGCCGCAGCAGCAGAACAGCAGGGCCUCGUGAUCGCCGACGACGAAGAAGAUCUAUUGCUGUCUGGCAGUGCGGGGGCUACGAAGAGUGGAAGGAGCAGGAGGGCUGGGGGCGUUGAGGACGGUGAGGGGGAGGGUGAUGUGCCGCAGGUGUAUGACGGGAGGGUCAAGAGCGCGGAGUUUCGCAAGAAGAAGGUUAGUGCGUUUCAGAGCGUGGCGGGGGCGGUGGGUGAGGGAGGGAAUGAUGGCGGCCGUGGCGGUGAGCAGGAUGAGGCGGAUAGGAUUAUUGUGGAGGCGCAGAGGGCGGAUGAGGAGAGGAGGAGGGGGGUGGAGGUGGAGGACGCGCCUGCUGUGGUUGAAGAGGAGGGAAGCGGACCGAGGAUGGAGAGUGGUGUCAAGGCUGGGCUGCAGACGGUGGAGGAUACGAUGAGGAUUGUGGCGAGGGAGGAGAAGGAGAGGCAGGCGGAGGAGAAGAGGGCGAGGAAGGAGAAGAAGAAGAAGGGGGAGAAGCAGGAGGAGACGAUCUACAGAGAUGCUACGGGUCGGAGGAUCGAUGUUAGCAUGAAGAGGAAGGAGGCGCGGCAGAAGGAGAUUGAGGAGGAGAGAGCCAGGAAGCGGGAGCGAGAGGAGGCGAUGGGAGAUGUUCAGAGGCGGAUGAGGGACGAGCAACGGGCCGACCUGGAGGAAGCCAAGUUCUUGACGGUUGCGAGGGGAGUGGAUGAUGAGGAGAUGAAUGAGAAGUUGAAGGAGGUGGUCAGGUGGGAUGAUCCAAUGGCGGCAUACAUGGCGCAGAAGCAGGUGGCAGAGGGAGGGACCGGAGACGUGGUGCCAGGGAACUCGAAGAAAGUGUCUGGGCCGAAAAAGAAGGUGUACCAAGGGUCGGCGCCGCCAAAUCGAUAUGGAAUUCUACCGGGCUGGCGUUGGGAUGGAGUGGACAGAGGAAACGGCUUCGAGAAAGAUUGGUUCCAAGCCAGGAGCCGAACGAAGCGCAAUGAGGAGAUGAGCUACCAGUGGCAGAUGGAUGAGUAG